AUGCAGCAAGAAUGGCUUCAAGGAAAGCAGCAGAACCCUCUGACGCUUUACAUCAUCGAGCUGGACUCGGUAUCAGAUAAGCGAGCAAGUGCCCGACAGGGUCCAACCGUUGUUCUUCACCCCAAGCCAGUGCAGCAUCGCUUGUUUCCUCGACCGACUUCCUUCAACAAGUUGGGCCUUUAUAUUGGCCUCCCAGUGAGUCUCAGCGUGGUCAUACUCGUUGUUGCUGGUCUCUACUUUGGCAUGCGAGACAGCAGGCGAAUUGAUCUGGGGAACAUUGGGGGCCCGGGGUACGGCAUUAGAAAGUCCAAGGGUCAGCGUCUAGGUCGUAACUGGUGCGAGUCAACGUCGGAGAGAACUGUGGAGGAGACGAGCUCGGACAUCACCGAAGUCGCCCAGCCCGGUCGAAAGGGAGCUUUAGAGGGAAGUCUCAGCUUUGGGUUCAAGCGUGAUUCGUCGAAAACAAAGGGCUGGCAGGUGUAA